CAAUUUCACCCAACCACAAAAGAAGUGUAUAUCAUCCCCGUCCCCACCUAAAAAAAGACAUCAAAAAGAAGAAGAAGAAAUAAAGUUUCAAGCAUGGAAGAUGGUUUCUUCUAUUCCUUUUUGUACUUUAUAGUUUCAUCAUUUUUUCUGAUUUUCUUGAUGAAAGUUGUGGUUCAUGAUUUUUGGUGGAUACCCACAAGAAUUGAGAAUCAUUUCAUGCAACAAGGGAUUAAUAGCCCAAGAUACGAGUAUUUCUUGGGCAAUUUGAGAGAGAUUUCCAUCUUAAGUUUGAAGGCUUCUUCUGAAUCCAUGCCUCUCUCUCAUGACAUUUUCCCUAGAGCUCUCUCUUUCAUUCAUCUUUGGAAGAAGAUAUAUGGUAAAAUGUUUCUGAUAUGGUUCGGACCCACUCCUCGUCUCACAAUAUCUGAUCCUUCCAUAAUUAAAGAAAUAUUUUUCUCAAAAUCACAAUAUUUUGAGAAAUAUGAUCCACCAUUGCAAGUUAAAAGAAUUGAAGGUGAUGGUUUGUUGAAUCUCAAAGGAGACAAAUGGGCUCAUCACAGAAGGAUUAUGCAGCCCUUUUUUCGCAUGGAAAAUCUCAAGCUAAUUGCCCCAAUAAUGGCUAAAACCAUGGAGGAAGCAUUGGUGAAAUUGUCUGAAAACAUGAACAAAAUUGGAAGUUUGGAAAUUGAGAUUGAAGUAUCAGUUUGGUUCCAAAAUUUGUUGGAAGACGUAAUUACCAAAAUAACGUUUGGGAGGAACUAUGAAGAAGGAUUAGUAAUUUCUAAACUCCAAGCACACCAAACAGCCCAUGCCACUGAAGCUUAUCAAAAUGCUUUCAUCCCUGGUUAUAGGUUCUUGCCAACAUCAGCAAGUAGAGUUUCUCGGCGAAUAUCAAAAGAAAUUAGGAAUUAUUUGCUGAAACUCAUCGAUCGCCGAAGAAGAAGCGAUGAUCGGAGCAACGACGAGGGGUCAAAUGAACGGCAGCCAACCGAUUUAUUGGAGGUGAUGAUGAACGCCGCCGGCAAAUCACCUCGCCGGAAUGACCCAACCGCCGUUACCGACGAUGACGUCGUAGAGGAGUGCAAAACGAUAUUCUUCGCUGGCACGCACACCACGUCGGCCAUGCUGACGUGGACGGCGGUGCUCUUGGCCAUGCACAGCAAUUGGCAGGAUGAGGCACGUGACGAGAUUUUCAGGGUGUGUGAUGCCCCUCCUACUAAAGAUGAUCUUGCAAACCUCAAAUUGUUGGGAAUGAUCAUAAAUGAGUCAGUGAGAUUAUACCCACCUGUUGUUGCAAUGAUCAGACGGGCUAAAGAAGAUGUUUACUUGAGCGGAAUCCACAUUCCAAAGGAUACUGAGAUUCUUAUCCCAACCAUAGCCGUUCAUCACGAUUCGACGCUAUGGGGUGACGAUGUACAAGAUUUUAACCCAAGGAGAUUUGCUCAAGGUAUGAGCCAAGCCGGGGGGCACCCGUUGGCUUACCUCCCUUUCGGGUCGGGUGGUCGGCGUUGCAUUGGCCAAAACCUGGCCAUUCUAGAGGCCAAGUUAGCUAUUGCAAUGAUUCUUCAGCGUUUCUCUCUUAAGCUGGGGCCCAUGUAUCAGCACACCCCUUCGGUGGUGACGCUACUCCAUCCACAACAUGGUGCACCUAUUGUGUUUACAAAGUUAUCGAAAUAGGUUAAUUGGAUUGAAUUAUAUUUAGUAGUAAUAUGAUAUUCGUCAAAUAAAAAACUAUAAAUUUUGUUAACCUUCUAAUUUUCAAACCCGAAAAUAAUUUGAUUUGCUCCUCCUUUGAUUUGUUGUAUA